AUGUUAAUCUUCAGAGGAAAUAAGUACUCUAGAAACUACAAGAACGGCAACAAAGUGUCGUGGAAGUGCAAUAAAGUAGGCUGCAACGCGCGCGUCACCAGCUAUGGAACUUAUGCUCCGAAGUAUACGGAGUCAGGUCGCGGCAACCUGGUGAUGUUGCUAGGUCCCCACCGCUACAAACGGCAGCGGCACAAAGGUUACAAGAUCAGGUGGAUUUGUUCCCAGGUGCACUACGGCUGCAAGGCCUCCGUCACCACCUUAGAACACAGGAUUGUUAGGGCUACCGGUUCAGAAUCCGACAUGUCUGAAGACUUCGAAUAUUACUUCGGCAAGAGCAAGAGAGGCGCUUUGAGGUUCGAAAUGACCAGAUUUGGAAACCCCAUAAUAACUUGGGGCAAGUACCGGUUUAUAAAGAAGCUGACCCGUCGAGAGAAGACCUGGUGGGAGUGUAACUCGCGGAAGAGCAGCGGCUGUCGGUGUCUCGCUGUUACGGUCAAUGACCAACCAAAAUUUGAUUUAUCUCAACGCGGAAACCUGGUAGUGCAGAUAGGCGAGUGGCGGUUCAACAAGCACGCAUGCUGGGGGUCCAAGGUUCGUUGGACUUGCAUCAAGAAGAAGAGCGGCUAUCUUAACCCAGUAUUCGCGCAGUCACAACGAGGCAACCCUGUCAUCAUGAUCGGCCAGUAUCGCUUCAACCGGGUCAACAAGUAUGGCAGUAGGACGAGAUGGGUUUGCGUGAAGGCGAAAGCGGGCUGCCGGGCUUCUCUCCACACCAUGGACAACGCCAUCGUGCGCGUGUGGGGCUUCCACGAUCCCCUUGCACACACCAGCGCCAAUCGCUUCUAG